CACUUCCAGCGCCCACUCAUCCUGCAGCCGCCUCGAAGUGUUCAGACUCCCACCUCUCGAAAACAAGUAGACGUAUCUGCUCCAUAUGCGACAGCACCUAGCUACGGAUGCGACGCAUCAUGUGUGUCAUCUACGCCAAGAGCAUUCCCCCGAACCUCAAAGGAUUCGCGAGGCAAGGAUCUACAUGUGCAGCUGCACGGAAGCAAGUCUGAGGGAGCAGGUGGAGAGCAGAUUAUGGUGCACACUACCGCUCAGCUGGGCGAAGUCAAUCCUAUGCUUGCGCUGCUAUUACUUCUAGAAUCGACCUGAAAGUCAUUGCUUUGUUCAAGCCGUCUUGGAUUCAGCUGCGGCACGCAUUCUACAAUCUUCAUUUCAGUCUGUACUAAUGGCUGAGGCACAAGCUACGAGACAAACGUCAAGCUCUCCCGGACACAGUGCGGCACAGCCUGUCAAGCGUCGAGCCGCAUGUGAUGAGUGUAGAACGAAGAAACUAAAAUGCUCAGGCGCCUCGGUUGAGCGACCACGAUGUACACGAUGCGAACGAGAGAACAUAGCCUGCGUGUUUUCAGCUCAGAAACAGAUGGGAAGACCCAAGAAAAGGCAUGGGGAGAACGCAGAGAACAACGCAAUUACGAAGAGGCGCAAUCGGGAGCGUACUUUGGAAAUCAACACGGCUCAAAGCAUUCCUGAGAUGGACAUUUACGAGAGCGCUUUUACACCAGGAGGCAGUCUGCAGCCUUGGCUGAGAGACGGCUGGCCAGCCGAUGUUAGCGGAGAAGGCGGACACAACGGGCACGGCAGUGAUGGAGGUUUGCCCGGCCUGACGCCCGACGCUGGUAUGGAAUCGAGCCGCAGCAGCAGCCUGGAGAACGGCCAAAACAGCCUCGUGGGCGUUCAAGACGAAAGUACUUCGCUACUUCUUGAUCCUUCCCUCACAGGCAUAGCCGAUGCCCCAACCAGUGUGCAAGCAAGCUCUACGCCCAGUUGCGCUUGUUUGAGCACCCUCUACCUGACGCUGAACAAUCUUCAAGUGAUGGACAACGACAGGUGCAGCUUUCCGUUUUCGCUGCAUCCCUUGCGAGAAGCAAUGCAGACCGCAUCGGAAGUCCUGAAAUGCGAGGCGUGCCCUUCUCGAUUUAUAUCAGCAAUUCAAAAUACACAGUUGGUCGGUACUUUGUUAAUGUCCAUCGUCGAACGUUUCGGCAAGGUUCUGGGGCACAUUAAUGCCGAGGCCGUUCGAGCGCAAGCAGCAGGCGAGAGCAAGAAGUUCACUCUGGCUGACCUCAACAGCUCAACUUUGCAUCUGCAUACUGGUGGACUAAAUUGCUCGGCCGCGUUCUCUAUCGACCUUAGCCCGGGUGAGUGGAAAAGCAUGUGCAAGAAGGUGGUGCGAGCUGAGGUGCAUGGGCCAGGGGCUGGAAACAACUGCUGUCCAUAUUUUGUUGGGCUAUGCGCACAGAUGGAGCAAAGGCAAGCCAGAUGGCACUCGCGACCUCUCCCGAAAGACUUUCCUCGUGACGGUAAAGGGCUCGCAGUCGGUAUGGAGCGGGAAUCGAUAAAUCCCGGACACGCCAACGGCGAGUACUUGUGUCUUAAACUGGUCGGCUUCGCACGCAGGCUUGUGGCGACAUUGGACUGGUCGUGAUUUUCGCCAUUGAGCUUGCCGCGUUAAAGAGGUUGAUAGACCAAUCCAUAAAACGGAGUGUCACGCGGGCUUCAACAGAAAGCUGUGUCUCCCUUUCAUGAGAGUCCCUCAGCCGGGCUUCCUCAACUUGUUAAGCGCUGCCAUUACUCCCUCACUGAGCGCCUCGUCGUCCUGCUUGCGCUUCUUUGGCACCUCAGACGGUUCGUUUCGCGUUGUUGCGGUAGUCUUCUUGACCGGAAGCAUAGCCUCAUUCAUCGCUGCAGCAAAAGCCUCUUCGUCCUCGGUGGGCUCUUGUAUCUGUUCUGCGAGCCGACUAGGCGGGCGGCGAUCGGCGUCGGCCAGACCAGUAUUCGUGCGGCUGAGAGCAGGGGUAGUUGCUGCACUGGAAAUUGCCUCGUCCCUCGUGACAUCUCUGGACAAUGUCGGCGCUCGUGAUAUUGGCUGGGUGCCGAGAAUGUUUUCCACUUGUAGUCCUCGUUUGCCGGCUCGCUGAAUCCGAA